AUGAAGCGGAAAAGUCGUGUAGGGGAAACUCGACUUUCUCUUCCCAAAUCGAUCUCACCGUCUUCCGAUUCUCUCUCGACGGCGAUGCAUGUGGCGAUAAAGUACACCGACGAUUUCAUCCCGAAUCUCUCUCGGAUCCCUCACGAGUCUAUCCCGAGUCUGUCUCCAACUUCAUUCUCCGCCGAUUUCAAUCUAAAAGAAAACACUCCAGCUUUAUUAUCUCCAAAUCGUCUUUCUCUUCUCUUUGCGAACAAGAAAACGUUCCCAUUCUCUAUAAUCUCUUAUGUUCUUCUUCCUAUGGAUCCAAGGAAUCCAUAUAGCCAGAAUUCUGGUUAUGAAAGUUUUCCUUCCAGUGUCGACAUUGGAGCCUCAGAAAUGCCUCCUUUCAGUUCCCAACAGUCUGAGGCUACAUCCCAACCUCAGGACACACCUGUGGAGCGUAUGGUGAGAAGGAAAUGGACGCCGGGUGAUGACGAGGUUCUGAUUAGUGCGUGGCUAAACACAUCAAAGGUCCCUGUUGUCGGAAAUGAACAGAAGUUAAGGACCUUCUGGAAACGCGUAGAUGAAUACUUUGCAACAACUCUUCAUGAGAACAUAGAGAAUGUUCAUUGUAAGCAGAGGUGGCACAGAAUCAAUGAUCAGACGAACAAGUUUUGUGCCGCAUUCGCAGCUGCAGAGAGACAAAUAACCAGCGGUCAGAGUGACAAUGACGUUCUAAAGGUGGCUCAUGAAAUCUUCUACUCUGAUCAGGGACACAAGUUUACCCUCGAGCACGCGUGGUGUGUCCUGCGAUAUGAACAAAAGUGGAUAAGCCUGAACACACCUAAGACGGCCGGUUCAAAGAGAAAGAGUGGUGAGGUUAGUUCCCAACUUUCAAGCGCACAUGUCGGUGAGGUCAGUUCCCAAUCUUCAAUGCGUCCUGAAGGUAUCAAGGCUGCGAAAGCAAGCAUGAAUGGUAGUAAAGGAAAGGCUAUUGAUGACUAUAAGAGCAUUUUGGAGCUCAAGAUGGAAGAUUUGGCGAGGAAGGAGAAACUGUCGAAGCUGGCGGUAUCAGACACUCUCCUUGCUAAGAAGGAUCCACUAAGUGAGAGUGAAGAAACUGUCAAGAACAAGCUAUUGGCCGAACUCUUCUAG